ACCUGAUUGUGGAAUGAGGUUAUGUUUUAUGUGCAAUACAUACGACACAGCCGACACGAGUAACUGAGAGCUUGUAAAAAUAGUGAAAAUUUAUUUACAAUAACCAAUGAAUUACACGAACUGUUCAAAAAUUAAUCCCUGCAUUAAACGAUGGCGCGAGAACAAGCCUUAUUAUCUCCGGAUGUUGAAACAUUGUUUUGGCACAGAAGCAAAGUCUCGAGUUGAAACAAAGAAAAAAUGGCGCAGUGUUGUUGGACUCGAAAUUCAUGCCCAAAUUCAAUCGAAUUCAAAGUUAUUUUCUGGUUCGAGCACCACGUACGGUUCUGCAGUAAACAAUAACGUUUCAUUUUUCGAUUGUGCUACACCAGGAACACUUCCUGUACUGAAUAAGAGAUGUGUGGAAGCAGGAAUACUAACUGCUCUGGCACUAUCCUGCAAAGUAAACGAAGUAUCAUUGUUCGAUAGGAAACAUUAUUUCUACGCAGAUUUGCCAGCAGGAUAUCAAAUAACUCAGCAACGCCAAGCCUUGGCUAUUGAUGGGGAACUAAAUUUCCAAGUAUAUACACCGGGUAUUCAUCCACAGCCGUAUAAGAAAGUUUCUAAAAUCAAGCAACUGCAAUUGGAACAAGACAGUGGCAAAAGUUUACACGAUUUAGCAGCAAAAAGAAGUUUAGUCGAUCUUAAUCGAGCAGGGAUACCAUUAAUGGAAUUGGUAUUCGAGCCGGAUUUAUCAGAUGGCGAAGAGGCUGCUGCGCUAGUCAAAGAGAUCGUACUCAUUCUGAAAAGAUUGGGUACGUGCUCCUGUAAAAUGGAAGAGGGUGCCCUUCGAGUUGAUGCCAACAUCUCUGUGAAUCGCCCAGGAGAAAAAUUAGGCAUCCGAACAGAAGUCAAGAAUAUUGGAAGUAUUAGGUCAGUGGCAGCUGCUAUAAAGUUUGAAAUUGACAGACAAAUUAAAGAAAUCGAGAAUGGUGGUUCCAUUAUUAAUGAAACAAGGUCAUGGGACAUGGAAGUUCGCAAAACAGUUCCAAUGCGAGAUAAAGAGGAAAAGCAGGAUUAUCGUUACAUGCCAGAACCAAAUCUUCCUCCAUUACACGUGCACGUCAGUAAAGAAAUAGAAAAUAAGUAUGGAUUAGUUGAUGUUCCACUUCUACAAGAAAGCCUUCCCGAGCUUCCAGAGGAAACACGAUACAAACUCAAAAAUAAUUUUGGAGUCGACUCAACUGCUGCCACUAUACUUACUAAUGAAAGCAAUUUGCUGAAUAUCUUCGAAGCCGUUAACAAAGAAGACAGCAAACGGAAACCCAAGCUUAUAUCAAACAUAUUGAUCAACCAGUUGUUAACUGUGGUGAACAGAAAAGCAAUAGAACUGGAUACUUGUAUUUUGAAUGCAGAACAUAUUGGUGAAUUGGUGGACAUGAUACAAAAUAGAACAAUCAAUUUAAAUACUGCCGAAAACGUACUGGAAGAGUACAUAACUGAUUCGUCGAUGACUCCGAAACAAAUUGUUGACAAAAAUAAUUGGACGCAGAUCACAGAUGAGGAGCAAUUAACUCAAAUAUGCGAAAAUGUACUACUGCAGCGAGCUGAUGCUGUAAAAAAAUAUAAAGCUGGAAAGACAAAAGUUUUCAGAGCUCUAGUGGGUGCUGUAGCCAUGGAAACUAAAAAUCGUGCUGAUAUGGCCAUUGUUGUAAAUAUAUUAAAAAAACUGUUAGAUGAUUAAGACAAUGUUAGUUGAAUUUUUCUUGUCUUUGCUGAGUUUUAGGUCUUUUUAAACAACUUUUCAAAUAAAAUAAUUACGUUGCUAUGCAAGAAAAGUCGUAAAAGUUUAUUCAUCGAUUUAGGGUAAUAAGAAGUGAGUGACUGAACGUGAGAAUGAAGACAUGAGACAUUUACAAUAAUUGAGAGACGGACCUUUGAUUCUUGACCUUUAGGCCUUAUAUGUGGAUAGUCCUUCUCGUGGGAAACACUGGACUUUAACAGGACUAGCCGCUCUAAAACUUUUAAACUGCUCUUUCUUAACACUUUUUGAACAAGCUAGAAUACAUUGAAGAUUUUUUCGUCUUAAAUUCCUGGACUAAGGAACAGUAGUUUCAUGAGGAAUAAUUUGGAGAAUCACAAUGAAUUAUAUCGAGACGAUAUUGAUUUCUAUUGCAAUAUAUUUAAAUAGUGUUCACGUUAAAAACAUCGGAAAUAUAAAAGACAUGUUGAAAUUUUAAUUGCAUUAUUCAUUAGAAGUACAAAAUCAUGUAGGAAAUAAAUAUAUGUUUGUGGUACAUUGUGGUAAUUUUGGAGACUAGAAAAUUCAGUCUCCCUGUGUAGUUAUAUUGUUGCUCGCAAAACGUUCGUGUAUAGUUUUAGUAGUUGAAAUAGUAAAACGAAACAAAAUAUGUACAGAUGGGUGGGACAGGAUCGUCUGUCUAUAUUUCCACAAAACAUGUCUGGGAGCUGUGUGCUAAAAUUACACAAGAUUUGGUAAAUUGUAAGCAGAUAAUCAUUUUCAUUAAAUCACAACAGUCCUGAAGGUAAUUCUGAAUAAGCACAACAAUACACAACCUAAUCUAAAGAUCGCAGGCUAAUCAAAUAAU